GUCACAGAAUGAUCCAGCACUUGCAUUCAAUACGUUUUGUUGUCAGUUAGUCAUACGAAUAGGGAGGUAAAAGUCGACAAAAGGUCAAAGGUUUAAUCAGGUGAUGACUUUGCGAAAAGUCAACUAUCCAAAGUUCACACGAUAAAAACGAAUUAAUCGUUGAACUUGUCGUUAACUUUAGACAUGCAUAAAGCCUGGGUGCAUCAGACAGUCGCUCCCCGAGGUAUCUCAUUCGCUUUGCUGUAGUUUGAAAUCAGUUUGUUGUCAAGGAAGCUCGUUUGAAAGACUUUGAGAACAAGGAAGAUGGCAACCUCUGAGAAGGCUCCCUCGUCCGAAAACCAGGUCCGACUCUUGAUAUGGACUGUUCCUCGCUCUCUUUCAACAGUUCUUUCCAAAUGUCUGAGCUUCGUCGAAAACACAAAGGUUUUCUUCGAAAUGUAUGAAAGCAUCUUCAUUGCACCGGGGGUAAAGACAGAGGAUGAAAUGGCUAACAUGUCUGAAGAAGAACAGAAGUUUUUGUUGGCUGUGAGGGAAAAAGCCCAUGGGAUAUCAGCAGGGGUUGAUGCAUCUCAAUGCACCUUCCAAGGUGUCAAAGAACAACUCGAGGAAGCCCAUACUGGGAAGAAGUUCAUCUUCUCCAAAGACAUGGCCUAUGCUGUCAUGGACCGGCUGGAGUCCAUCCCGAAGGGUUUCCGGCACCUGUUCCUCAUUCGUCAUCCUCUUAAAGUCUUCCCGUCUUGGAAGAGGUCGUUCCUGCCAUUAGUGCCGUAUAUGUCUCUAGCAGAUGACUAUCGUUUGGAUGACCUGCCUCAAAAAUAUUUCCCAAAAGGUUUUGGCUACAAGGAAGUCUAUGAGUUGUUUGAGCACGUGAAGAAGGAGCUCGACCCUGAAGCAAUCAUCAUCGACGCCGAUGACCUUCUCAAAGAUCCUAAAGGUAUCCUGUCAGCAGUCUUCAAUGACAUCGGCUUGCCCUUUGAUGAGAAGAUUCUAAACUGGGAGGCAGGGGAUGCGGUCAUUGAACAAUGGAUCAUCCCUCGUCUGUACGUGCAAGUGGACCAGUUGGUAGGUUUCUACAAGAACGCUCUGGACAGUACCUGCUUUCUUAAGCCCAAGCCGCUUCCAGAUCGCUCUUCUCUUUCUCCUGAUCUCCUUCCUUUUGUUGACGCUUCCAUGCCAUACUACCAGAAAAUGUACAGCCAGCGCCUAUCUGCGUCAAAGUCGUAGAAUUUGAUGAAGGUGUCACAAAUGAUUAUAAGAAAGCCUGUUGUAUACGAAUGGAAAAAUUCCGCUUGUUGACUUAAUGUGUUUUGAGUGUGUUCAAUUUGGAGAUAUAUCAUUAAUUUUAAACAAGGGAUCGGGGUUUAACACUUCCGUGUGCAUGGGACGAAUGCACAACGAUUGAACUGAUUAUCGAUAACGCUAAACAUUAUGCUGUACGUUUCUUCAAUUAGUUUAACAGCUAUGCCUUUUAAUUCGGUGGUUGAAUGUGUUCAUAGUUGUAGACAUUUAUUUCUUGUGUAUUAUGUAGUAACACUCACAUUAAUACUCAUCUGUCUUCGACUUUCUAUUGUUUUGAAUAGAAACAAAUGCUUAAUUUAAAUAAAUUACUGCAACGCGUCGGUGAAGGGCAAAAACCUAAUUUGAUUUAUAUCACCCC